AUGAAUCGUGAAGAAAAGCCAACAAAAGUCAUCCGUUUUCGAAGUGUUUCAAAAAAGAUGGUCGCGACAUUUGUGUCAAAAGCGGUUCAUAUUGCAACAAUUCCUCUUAAUGAGCAAAGAACUCUUGGAAAAAUCAACCCCGAAAGAAGAAUCAUCCUCCACCAAGACAAUGCAAGCUCGCACACGGCCCAAAAAACAAGGCAGUAUUUAACGGAAGAGAACGUGGAAUUAUUGGACCAUCCUCCAUAUAGUCCCGAUCUAAGGUUCCAGUCACCACAAGAAGCAGUUGACGCAUUCAAAAAUACCGUUUUGGAUCUGCCAGCAAACGAGUGGAAUAAGUGCUUCGAAAAUUGGUUCGAGCGCAUGCAGAUGUGUAUUAAUCUUCGUGGAGAAUACUUCGAAAAACAAUAUAGUCAUUUGAAACUACCUAACGUACCUUGGGAAAAUGCUCCAAGCCACGAGGAGAUGGUUGAUGAACCUGUGCAGGCAGAAUUCUUUCAUAAAGAUUUAGAGGAACAGACCCAAAGAGUAAUCCUAAAUAUGUAUGAUUGUCUGGAAAACGAAAAUCCAGAUUCCUCGCAAAAUCAAAUUUUAAACAGAAUUUGUAUCCUGACAAAAAUCAGUCGGUCUACCAUUUAUCGGGUUAUAAAAAGGGGAGAUGUAGUCAACCAUUCCUUCCACAGAAAGCGCAUAGGGCAAAAAUUAAAAAGAAUAGACGUGGGUUUUCAGGAAGAUAUUCGUCGUAUAAUAUACGGAUUUUAUAAAGAACAUUUGGUGCCCACGCUGGAAAUGAUACGGGAUAAAUUAAAAGAUUAUCCUGAAGAUUUUUAUAAUUACAAAUGCUUAGACUCACUGCACUGUAUUGUAAAACUGUGUAGUUUUCAAUACAAAAAAUUAGAUAAAAGAAUGGUGAUUAUGGAGUCGUCUCGAAUCGUUGAAUUGCGCCAAGAAUUUUUGCACAAAGUUAAAAUCUAUAGAGAGCAGAAAAGAGAUCUGAUUCACCUGGAUGAAACGUGGUAUGAUACCCAUUAUGUUGUGCAGUACGGCUGGGUUGACGACAGCAACAAGUGCAUUUUAAAUGCAUCAUGCAACCGUGGAAAACGAAUCAUUAUUCUCCAUGCUGGCAGUGAAAAUGGAUUUAUACCUAAUGCCUUGCUGUUAUCUGCCAAAAAUAUCAAAGAAUCAUGUGCCGACUAUCAUGAGGACAUGACCUCCGACUUAUUUGAAAAGUGGAUAGAGCAGCAGUUAAUACCAAACAUUUCCCCAAAUUCAGUGAUUAUUAUGGACAAUGCGCCAUACCAUUCCCGACAGAAAAACAAAAUUCCGAAUACAGGCACAAAAAAACAAGAGAUUAUUGAUUUUAUGAAGGAUAAGGGAAUGGAAAUACCACAAAAAUCAACCAAAGCCAUAUUAUUGGAUCUUAUUAAAAGACAAAAGUUUGAAAAAGAGUAUGUUGUUGACAAUCUGCUUCAGCAAAAUGGCCAUGAAGUAUUACGUCUACCUCCCUAUUACUGCAUUUUUAACCCGAUUGAUGAAUCGCUAUUGGCCACAAUAAGAGAUGCAGUAUCUCAUAUUGCUGCCACAGACCUAUGGAAGCAGUGUUCGAGGCAUAUUAUUGAAAAAGAAAAUGAAUAUUGUGUUUUGCCUCCUGUAAAUCCCGUUGUAAUUCCUCUACAAGGUGACUCUAGCGACAGCUCCGAAGGCGAGGAUGAUAUAUAA